AUGACAUCACCAAUAGGCUUCCUGUUGCCCUUGCCCCAGGAGGGCGGUCGCUUUCAACGAGACGAUGACUUCCUCUCUUCUCCCUCCAGGGGCGCAUCGCCACGCUAUCCUCGAGAUAAUCCCAUGGAAAGUGCAUAUACACAAGACCAAGUUCGAGCCCGAGAUGGCCUGUCCUCUACGUUACAAGGGACGUCAGUCCCGCAACGACGUCUAGUGCUGCCUGACCCUUUGGCAUUCAGGUUCCUGGAGGAAGACCCCUCCGUAACCGUUAUCGAACGACGAUGUAUCCUUGGUGGCUAUGAGUUGUAUUUGGUUGAACAAUGGGCUUGCUCUCGCCAAUCUCCCACCAUAGUUGUGACAACCUAUACUGGAGACGAGAGGCACUGCAUAGUGGUUGGCAUUGUCUCUAUUCCAGAAGAUCAAAAUCUAUGGUCCACGAGACUACGACUAUUCUUCAAAUCUGCUAGCCAACACAACUCACGUCCCAAAGACACAGACCUUGGCGAGUUGAUGAUUACCAACCUGAGCAACUUUCCCUCAGCUCUCACCGUGAUCCCGGUACCAGAUGGAGAUGUACGGAAGCACCGUCAGGCAUUCAUCGUCAACGAAAACCUCAAACGACUAGGUUGCUCAGGUCGGUCCGGCUUGGCGCUAACGGAUCCGACCGAAGCAACACAGGCCAAGUUUCACCAGCUUUACAAGACAAGCGAUCGUGUUCCCAUCCUUCAGUCCGUUGUCGAGCUCACUAAAUUAUGUCAGAUUGCACUCUACAUGUUUGAGAAGUUGGAUCAUCAAUACAUAGACGGAUUACUAUGCGACGUCACAGAAAAGGCAAUCAGCAACUGGUGGACAGAAGUCGGUACUGAGCACUAUAACUUUGAGCCGAACGAUGGCAUGCUAGGCCCUUCCACUGUAUCAGCUCUGCUGGGUAUGUUCAUGGGAGCGAGGAAUCGCUUGCAUUGGUACGGUGCGCCAGUCUCCAAGGAUGUCUUCGAGAUCGAAUGCACAAAGAGAGGCGUCGCUUACUUUCAAAAGCAACAAAAAUUGGAAAAGACGCGGCGCCUUGACCGGCAGACGGUGUUUCGGCUGCAUACUGCCACGGCGAAAGGUGCAGCUGGUGAGGGAUGGGGAGUGCAGAAAGCCGUCAAGUCUACGGUGACUGAGAUCGGAGGCAAAAGAGGUGAAAUCGUCAUGGACAUGGUCUCGGGCAAAGACAAGGGCGGUCUAGCGGACAUCGAAACUGUGGACAUUGACAGAUUCGUCAACCUAGCUUACGGUGACCGACCAAGGUGGCUUUGGCAUGGCAAGGCUCGAAGAUCUGUCGCCGAUGCCUUUGGUAGUAAUGAUCAAGACCUUGGCAGCAUGUUUGCUGGGAAAAGCGACGUUACGACUAACAAUUCAAAACGGACACACUCUUUGCCGCUAGAUGAGGAGCUGGAGGCUCGUCGUAAGGACGACAUUGGCGCCGGGCCAUAUUCUAUCUCUACGUCUGCCACCGUUGGUAACAAUGUAGAUACGUCAGGUGAUAGAGAUGCCCUUCGCCGAGGAGUAUUUAAGAGUGUGGCGGGCAAGAUGAACGACGCCCGUAGCGGUCUUGGUCGAAUAAAGGAUGCAGUCGGCGGCAACCGAAGAGGCCAUGCAGGCAAGUUGUCAAUCUCUGCCAAAGAGGAUUUCUCGGAAGGGGGUAAUGGCAGCGCGCCAUUGUCGUCGGCUUCACAAAACUCUGCAAUGGCAUCAAGCCCCGCUAUUGUGACAAGAGCAUUUACGUGGAAGAACAAACCAGAAGAGUACCUCGCAGCAAUCAAACGAGGCGACGACGUGCUCCCUAGUCAAGGUGACGAGACUCAGAUCUCUGCAGCAUCGGCAAGGGAUAUGAAAUAUGAUGAGAAAUCGGGGGAUGAGCUUCUGACUGCCGGAGAGUCGGACAACAACCUAAGUCGUAUCGGCACCGAGAUUCGCAAGGGUAUCAGUCAUAAGGGGUCUUCGGUUGGUCAAUCCACCGAAGACGACAGCGACCUCCGAGGGCCCCUGUUAGUCAAGGAACAGAAGUUGGGCAGCAAGGCAGUCAUCGUUGCCCGACGACGCAGUUGCGGUAUAGCUGACCUGAGCUUCAAGCAUUUCACAAACGAGAGUCGAUGGCCACGCCGAAUGUCUUUUGGCGACGCGGAAGAGGCUAUUUUGACAUGGGAGGACGUUAUUGACCUUACCGAGACCGCAGACUAUCUUUCUUGCAUGGAGGCUCAUGCAGAAGCCGCCAGCCAUCUGAACCAUCUCAUUGAGGAGAUUAUACGCGAUGUCGGGCCUUGGGUCGAGGACAAGAUCCGGGCCGUAGAGUUUCUCAACGAACGAUACGGACAGGAUAAAGCAGAGUUGCAAGGGAUAUAUCAUAAGCUGAAUGAAGCUUGUCAGCGUGUUCGCUACAGCUCGGACGAGCUCCUCAGCGAACAGCGCGAGAACCUCACAGAGAGUGUAAAGGAGAUUGAAGUCCUCCUGGCACGCCUCGAAUACGAAAUCAACGGCCUGGUCCAAAAGGUGCAAGAUGUUGAGGACAGCAUCCAGAACUUUGAGCGGCAGGUAGACGAUGUGGAGAGCCGAGCUGCGGAGUUGAAGGUCACGCUCGAAACAGAAAGCUGGCUUCACUGGUUCGUCCGGACUCUUACGGGCAUCGGGACUGGACCAAACAUUACACGUGAGACGUGA